GAAUUGGAAGCUCUAGAGUCGGCUCUGGGUUCAGCAGACUCUCCUGAGGCCUGGGAAAGUCGAGGCGGUGUUAACUCGGCCAGCUCUCGCUCGUCCUCAGGUCCGAGCCGCCAGGAGCGCAGCAGGCAGCUGUGGGAGGACAUCAGCACGGUGGAGGAAGAUUCCAGCAAACUCAACGCCCUGCAGCUACGGCUGGACGAGUCCCAGAAAGUCCUGCUGAAAGAGAGAGAAGACAAGCUGGCACUGAGUAAAAGCAUUGAGAGGCUGGAGGCCGACCUCAGUCAGUGGAAACUUAAAUACGAGGAGCUCAGCAAGAGCAAACAAGAGGCCCUCAAACAGCUGAACCUGCUGAAGGAAAUACACCAGGAUGAACUCGGCCGCAUAUCUGAAGACUUGGAGGAUGAACUGGGAGCCCGGACCAGUAUGGACAAGAAACUAGCCGAACUCCGAGCAGAGAUGGAGAGGCUGCAGGUGGAGAACGCUGCAGAGUGGGGGCGCAGGGAGUGUUUGGAAACAGAGAAACUUGCCCUGGAGAGGGACAACAAGAAGCUGAGGGCUCAGGUCGAGGACCUGGAGGAGCAAAUGGCAAAAAAACGCCGGCAGUCCGCCUCUGCACUGGACACCGACCUCAAAGCGAUCCAGACCGAGCUGUUUGAAAGAAACAAG